CUCGCGCUUAGUCCCAUUCGAUUGUAACUUUUUUCGACUUUUUUCUCUGUGAACACCCCUGUCGUCACCAACCACUCCGCCCUCCACUAGUAUCGACCCGGAACAUCUGAAUUUCUGCCAGUCUUCGCAGCCUUAAUUCUUAUCGACAACCUCAUUACUACCACUUUCGACAACACGACUCUGAGAGCUCGGCGCGAUCCCUUCCACCGAAUCACUUAUUACCGUCUGAUAAGCGUGUCAACACAACAAGAUGAUUAGAAAGCAAGCUCGCCAAAGGCGGGACUACCUUUACCGAAGAGCCCUCCUGCUCAAGGAGGCCGAGGUUGCAGAGAAGCGCGCCAAGCUGAGGUCUGCCCUGGCCUCGGGCAAGCCACUCGACCCCGAGAUUGCGAAGGACAAGGAAUUGCGAAAGGACUUCGACUACGAUGUUUCGAGGGAUGUGAACGGAGACGCCAUCGAUAUCGACGACGAAUACUCGGAGUUGUCGGGUGUCAUUGACCCCAGAAUCUUGGUUACGACAAGUCGCGAUCCCUCCAGCAGACUCGGCCAGUUCAGCAAGGAAAUCCGUCUCCUACUACCCACCAGUGUUCGGCUGAACCGUGGUAACCUCGUUUUGGAAGACCUUGUUGGCGCCGCCAAGGCGCAAAACUUGACGGAUGUUGUUUUGCUACACGAGCACCGUGGUGUCCCUACCGCCAUGACCAUUUCCCAUUUCCCCCAUGGCCCGACGCUCAUGGUCUCCCUCCACAACGUCGUUCUCCGCGCCGAUAUUCCCAAGUCGAUAAAGGGCACAGUCAGCGAAAGCUACCCCAGGCUAAUUUUCGAGGGCUUCAGCACCAAACUCGGUGAGCGAGUGGUCAAGAUCCUCAAGCACCUCUUCCCUCCCCGCGAGCCGACACAGAAACCCAACGUCGGCAACAGAGUCAUAACAUUUGUCAACAACGACGAUACGAUUGAGGUCAGGCACCACGUCUAUGUCCGCACCUCGUACGACUCGGUCGAGCUCAGUGAGGUUGGACCCCGGUUUACGAUGAAGCCCUUCAAGAUCACCAUGGGCACCCUCGACAACAAGGAUGCGGAUACCGAAUGGCACCUCAGCCAGUACACCAGGACCAGCAGGAAAAAGAACUACUUUUAAGCGGUGAUUGGAACAAAAGGGCCGCUAUAGUCGUGUUAUUAUCGGUUGGAUUGGGUGGGAUGUCACAGCAAGUGAGCAUGGCUUCCGAGACAAGUUGCUGCUGGGCCACGAACGUCAAGCACUGGACCUGAUGAUUGCGCCGGACAAACCUGAAAAAAGGAUAGCCAGGGGAAACGCAAAGACACGAUCUGGUGGCGGAAAGCCCUUUUCACCAAUUUGUCUGCUGCUCAGUAGCAGGAGGCAAUGGGAAGACCGCUCAGAUGCCUAGCCGAAUUCUCGCUUAUAUUCUCCUCUACCGCCCGAGGUAGUACGUGGCUGGCCAAGAUAGCGAGUACUGUGUUCCAGCUUCGGCACUCUAGUGGAACCAGAGAUGAUCGCAUCAACGUCUGACUGGUGAUGGGCGUGGUUGCUGGGUCGGCUGCUUGCCGAGUGGCUGUGAGGAUCGGAAGGUUCCCGCGGUGAAACGAGCAUGUCAUGUCUAUCAACGACAUGUCACACUGGAGGUAACGCACGCAACGAUGGGGCUGGAGGAUGGGACAAAAAAGGGAGCAGCAGUCUCAUGAGAUACCAAUGUUGGGAUUUGGAUGUAAUUUUAAGAGCAUUGGGUUCACAUAUCAGGAAACGGACCGGAGUUGAGGGUGUAAAGGUAUAUCAUUUCUCAGCUGAGCGCGGAAUAAACAAAACAUGUGGUCGAACGGGUGCUUCCAUUUGGGACUGAGUGCUGGCAUGUAAAGAAAGAAAGGCUGUUUGAGCGGCUCAGCAGCAAGGCGGGGACUUGGCUGAAGUGUGCAACUCAAUGAGAUCAGAUCAGAAACAUAAAGCAAUUGGUCGAUGAACUCGAAAUAUGAUCUGCCAAGCUUUCUACC